AGAGUCAACCACAGCAGGUGUGAAAUGAAGACUUUUGUGAGUCCAGAGGCCAUUUCUCCUGACCUUGUCAAGAAGAUCCGCGGUCUCCACAGGAAAAUACUCACCCUCCCAGAGAUGAUGAGGACGUUCUCAGAAAACUUGGUGCAUCAUCUGGAAACAGAUUCAGUGGUCAUCACUCUGGACCCCCAGACCGCCAGCCGGAGCCUGGUCCUCUCCGAAGACAGGAAGUCGGUGAGGUACACCCGGCAGAAGGAGCACCUGCCCGACGGUCCCCUGCGCUUCGACGGCCUCCCGGCGGUGCUGGGCUCCCCGGGCUUCUCCUCGGGGCGCCGCCGCUGGCAGGUGGAGGUGCAGCUGGGCGACGGCGGCGGCUGCACGGUGGGGGUGGCCGCGGAGGGGGUGAGGAGGAAGGGCGAGAUGGGCCUGAGCGCCGAGGAGGGCGUCUGGGCUGUGAUCAUGUCGCACCAGCAGUGCUGGGCCAGCACCUCCCCGGGCACCGACCUGCCGCUGAGCGAGAUCCCGCGCGGCGUGGGCGUCGCCUUGGACUACGAGGCCGGGCGCGUGACCCUCCUCAACACCGAGACGCAGGCGCCCAUCUUCACCUUCGCCGCCUCUUUCUCUGGCAAAGUCUUCCCUUUCUUUGCCGUCUGGAAAAAAGGUUCCUGCCUUACUUUGAAAGGCUGAGGUGGAGCACGCGAAAGGGCGGUGUAGUGGAGAGAGCGGUGCCUGGGGAUCCAGAUCCGCUCCUGGCCAGCCGCGUGGCCUUGGACGACUCAGUGUGCCCAAGUGAGGCAGGAGGACAGAAGAGCUCAGAAUCCCGAACGGUGGUUGUGUUCACUUUAGUUACCUCAUGCCCUUCAGCUCCCAGAUGUCCUGAUCCUCCUGGUGAAGCUCCGGCCUUCUCUGCACCUGCUGGUGGAGAACCAGAGGCAGGCUAGGCUGUGCCUCGGACAUCAGCAAAGCUGGGAGCCAGUGUGCUUUUGAAAGAAAAAUCUCAAAUAAAAAAUUUAAAGCUUGAAAAUAA